UGUAACAAUGAUCACUGUGGCAAAUGCAAGGCUCUGGAGAUGCAGCCGGUUCAGUCUGUAAACCAGGAUGUACGUCUAUGGCAGGACUGGCAGAAAGUGGAAUAGUGAUAGCCUCAGAAUGCCUUGUUCUGCAAAACUGAUUCUGUUGAUCUUUUGCUUGGUCCUCCUUGUGGAGAGCAGAAAACACAGGAGGAGAAGAUGGACGGGACAAGUGGAGGUGCAGAAAGUAAGUCACGUAUAUAAAAAGAACCAUGAUAUGACCAAAACUCGGACGGGAAAAAGUGAACAGCUUCUGAGGGUAGAUGACCAUGAUUUUACCAUGAGGCCUGCCUUUGGAGGUCCUGCUAUUCCAGUCGGGGUGGAUGUACAGGUUGAAAGCUUGGAUAGUAUUUCAGAGGUUGAUAUGGAUUUUACAAUGACACUGUACUUGAGGCAUUACUGGAAAGAUGAGCGCCUUGCCUUUCCCAGUCAUACUAACAAGAGCAUGACUUUUGAUGGGAGGCUAGUGAAGAAGAUUUGGGUACCCGAUGUGUUCUUUGUUCACUCUAAACGAUCCUUCAUUCACGACACAACCACUGAAAACAUCAUGUUGCGAGUGUUCCCGGAUGGCCACGUGCUCUAUAGUAUGAGGAUCACUGUUACAGCAAUGUGCAACAUGGACUUCAGCCGGUUCCCAUUAGAUUCGCAGACUUGUACUCUGGAGCUGGAAAGCUAUGCUUACACAGAUGAAGAUCUGAUGCUGUACUGGAAAAAUGGGAAUGAAUCUCUGAAAACAGAUGAGAAGAUUUCCUUGUCUCAGUUCUUAAUACAAAAAUUUCAUACAACUUCCAGACUUGCUUUCUAUAGUAGCACUGGUUGGUACAAUCGCCUAUAUAUUAACUUUACUUUACGUCGCCACAUCUUCUUCUUUUUGCUCCAAACUUACUUCCCUGCCACACUGAUGGUCAUGUUGUCCUGGGUGUCCUUCUGGAUAGACCGCAGAGCCGUGCCUGCAAGAGUUUCAUUAGGGAUCACGACGGUGCUGACCAUGUCUACCAUCAUCACAGGUGUCAAUGCCUCCAUGCCUCGGGUUUCCUACAUCAAAGCUGUGGACAUUUAUCUCUGGGUCAGUUUUGUGUUUGUCUUCCUCUCGGUCAUUGAAUAUGCAGCCGUGAACUACCUGACCACUGUGCAAGAGAGGAAGCAGCGGAAACUGCGAGAUAAGAGCAUGCGAACUGACAGCGAAGCCCUGACACCACAGAAACAGGAGGUGAUGAUAGUAGGAGCGACAGAGGGAAGGAAACUCAGAUCAGAACUGGGGAAGUCUGCAACCUGGGACUUUGGCAGAGACAAUAUAGGGAGGUUCCCAUGCACAUGUGGAAUACCUUCUACAAAAACUAUGCUGCUGGAAGGUAUCUACAGCGAGUCGGAUACUAACAGCCUAGAAGAGUAUGCAAGAGGCCAGAUGGUGACUGAGGAGGAGAAGCAAGACAAGAUGCUGGUCAACUUGGCCAUGAAUAAUGAGUCUCAUUCAUCAAGGAAGAAAGGGUUGAAGGGUCACGUUAGCCUGCGAAUCAUGAAAAACACUCAUGCCAUUGACAAAUACUCAAGAUUAAUAUUCCCGGGCACCUAUAUAUUUUUUAACCUAAUUUACUGGUCUGUCUUUUGCUGAAGACGUAGUUGACUAAUAAAAUACUGUUUAUUUUGGUACUAUUUUGAAUCUGAGAGACAGCACAAUUUUCCUAGAGCAAAUUUAGACCAUGAUUUUCUAAGAGGCACUACACAAAGCUAUUGGAGACCAUUCACUUGUGCCAGUUCAUUUCUGGUUUGUUUCCUAUCCUUUUCUUAACUUAUGAGAGUUGCAUCUUUCAUACUUGAAAUCAAGUUUAAUUUUGAUAUUAAGCCACUGCAUGCUGCACUGGCAAUAGGCUCCAAUAUUGCCAGAUCCAAAUUUAUAAGGAGGACUGGAGUCUACUAUGUAGACUUCAUUGAGAAAGUAGUAUGCUGAAAUAAGGGGAAGGUGCUAUAUACUGUAUUUUAUGAGGAAAUGUAUUGAUUUGGAACAUCUUUUUUUUUUUUGGUAAGGGAUACAUCAUACCCAUUGUGGGGUUUAUUUUGUGGGAAGCAGCCAUCAUGGACAGACCAUCAAAGUUAAUCUGCCUGGUUAGAACAACUUCUGGGGGUGAUAAAAAGGGUCCAAAAUACCAGGUUUGUUGGUUUUUUUGAAAGAGAGGAAGCUCUGAAGAGCACUUCUUUUGCAACUUUUUGGUAAAACAGAGAGUUCAGUCACUAAAAUCAGUGGAAUUUUUCUGAACAAAUUCUGGUAAGUAGAGCUAUUUAACCUUUCCCUUGCACACUACACAAAUAUAACCCUUUUAUGUUGUGAUUCUAUCCUGUGGGAUCCUUGGAUUUGUAGUUUUCUGUGGCAUUUAGAAUUCUAUCCUUAAAAAAUAGUGCUUACAGAUCCCAGGAGUCCAUAAGAUGGAGCCUAGGCAAUUAAAGUGUUAUCAAAAUACUAUAACUCUGUAGUGUGAAGAGGCAUCUUGUUUAACUAUGGGCUCAUCCAGCUGGGCCAUUUUGAGUGAUUUGUGCUGUACUAUUCUCUGAUGUUUGAUGUCAUCUCUUGUUGCUUCCACUCCCAAAUGCAGGUACAUUUUCAUCUAACCUUUAAAAAACUACAGUGGUAUAGUUCAUGCAUGUGGCUCAUUUUUAUAUGUUUGAUUAUGUUGGCUGGUGAGUGUUGCUGGUUGGGAUGUUAACAUCUUAUGUGAAAGUUAGACUCUAUUUUAGGGCUACUCAGUGGUAAUCUGUGGGCCAGUGUUAGUCUGCAAGAUAUUGGCAGCUAGUUUGUCAUAAAGUUCCAGGAAAGAAUAAAACAAUUGUAGUCAGUGGAUACCAAUAGUGCUGUUCCCUGGUGCAUUCAGGAAAAAGCUCUUCUAGUCCCCAGCAUCAGAUAGUUGAAGAAGCACUGCCUCUAUUCAACCUAGAUUCUACUUCCCAUCACAAUGAAAUGUUUACAGGUAUAUAAUUCUACUGAUCAUUUGAUGUCAGGCAUCAAGCUGGGCAGAAAUUUUAGCUUGUUGAUUUAACAUUGAUAUGGAGAGCUGAAACAUUAACAUGGGAAGGUGAUGACAGACAAAGAGGGGAAUUCUGCUGCAAACAUUGUGCAAAGUCUUUAGUUCUCAACCUAAAAUUUUCUCAUGCUCCCUAUAUGACUAACUGAAAUGGCUGCCCACCUGGGAGAGAAAAUGGAAAACUAGAAGUGUCUUAUAAGAUGUUUAAUAGAACUUCUCUUCUUCUCGUCUGUCCCCCUCCCUAGGAGAUUAUCAGACGGGGGAUAGGUAUAGGUAGCCUUUUGGACUAUUUCUUCUGACAGUAAUUUAAGAGAAAGUUUUGUAGAAUGUUGUCUCUUAAAGUCUACAUAUUUGAGACUGUGUCCUCUUGUUUUUUAAACUUAAGAUGAAGAGAAUGGAAACGUGAGCCUGGAGAACAAUGGGAAAAUUCAUUGUGAAUUUCAGAAUGAUUAAGUAUGGUGCCUUAAAAAUUACAAACUUUAUGUGACAAUAUUUGGUGGAUGUUAUCAUCUUUGUCAUAUGCAUGAAGUGUUAUUUCCACAUGUGACAAUACACAGAAAAAAAUGUAGACAAUGGGGCAUUCUUAAGGACUAAAUACAUUCCCAUGUUGUACCCAUGUGUGCUAUAUACAUAGAUAACUAUAGCUAUAUUUUUAUAGCUGUAGAAACAGAGUUAGAUUUAGAUAUUUAGCUGUCAGUUGUAGGUGCUUCCAAUAAAUUCUGAAACUGUUCUAUACACUUUCUGGCUGCUAAAAAGAGCCAUAGUAUCAACUAUAAAUCUGCAGACUCUGUUUCAUCUUUCAAAUAAUUUUAUGUAAUUUUAAUACAUAGCUAGUGCGACCUUUUAGAUUAUACUAAAGUCAUAAUUCCCAAACAGCCUGAACCAUGGAAAGCCCAAGGGGUGACAUUUGUCUUUAAAAAUAAAUAUAAAAUAAUAUAAAUUAGAAAAAGAGAGAGCUAACCAGAGACUGGCCUAUAUUCAAUAGACAUGGAGCCAAUCAUUCCAUUGCAUUUAACUCUUGAACAAGCUGGGGUGCAAGAGAAACAGACUAAGCACAAUGCUUAUUGGUUGUGCAGACACUUGCAGAAAUGAAAUUGAAAUCUAUUACUCACUAGUUUCUUCACCUCAGAUGUGCAGGCAUCUUGACUACUUGGUGUAUUGGGAACUGCUUCUUAGGCUCACAUGUGCUAUCUCUUUCACAAUAAGUUACAUAGUAGAAAGGGUAAGCCUAGAUCCCCCUCUUGCUCUGAUGUUAGCAAUUCAUUUCUGCUAGUACAGUAUACAUUGAUAGCAUAAUAACACCAUUCAGGUUUGAGCCAAUCUUCUAUAGUGGAAAAUGAACUCUGCAGUUUGUUCAGAUUGCCUAGAAUGGACAAAUAGCUAUUACAGUCUUAGCUAGGCUUUUAUUUUAUGGCAAUAGUAAUUAACACAGAGGCAAGGAACAUUUGGCCCUCUAGAUACUAUUGGACUCUGAUCCCCAUUAUCUAUAGUUCCUGAUCUUGCUGGUUAGGACUAAGAUAAUUUGGGAUCUAGCAACAACAUGUAGAGAGCUGCAGGUUCCCCACAUCAUGAACUAAUGCUUCACAGAAUGAAACACUGUAUAUACAGCGGGCCCUUGGCAUCUGCUGGGGUUUGGUUCCAGGAUC